CUAAAAUGUGCGCACAUAUAAAUUAUGUCGGGAACGGGCAACAACGAUGGUUCGUCUCAUUUGGUUUCUCUUUAUCAAACACUCGAGCAGAAAGAGUUUGUCGGACGAGCAAAUGUACUGUACUCUGUUGUAUUAGUUGGAAAAAUUUCACCACACAUAACUAACAAUGAAGUUGGAAAAUUUUAUGAAAAGCUUACAUCCAGUUUCACCCCGCCGGACCAUAUUACAGGUCUCUUGAUGGUUUAUCCCUAUCACGUGAUACACAUUAUUGAGUCAAGUUUUAGAAGUUUGAUGGAAGUUUUUCGAGUAAUUGCUAAGUCUGAAGAAAUCACAGAAUCUUACAUGAAUCGUCACUCUGAACAGAUAAAUAAGAGUCAUUGUGAUGCUCAAGACUAUCGACAUUUCAGUGAGUUUGAUAAAGUCAUCAUUCAAGAAAUGUACACAGAAAACUCCUUGGCUCCUACGAUUCAUAAUCGUGUCUUAUGUGCGAUCGAUAACAUCGUCCACCGUAUAUACCACACAUAUGAACUAUUGGUUUUUGAUAUGGAACCGACAGUCAUAUCAGACUAUGAUUCAAAUGAAUCUGAUGAGAAAAAGUUACUUGACUUACUAAGUCAAGUGAUUAGACUAAGCGUACAUCUGGCAGAAGAGUCCAUGCGGGAUCAAGACGAAUACGUUCUCGAUACUUUUAAACGGAAGUUAACUGGAAUAUUGAAUAAUAUUCGUCAAGUACGCCCAGAGCUGAUUCCACAACAAGGUAAGUUGGUUAUUUUGAAACAAUUUAUGUGCAAAUGUCGCAUAUCAAGGUCAGUAGUUUGUUCAUCACUGGAGCAUGAAAAUUACUCCAAAAGUGUGUACAUAUAUACAUAUUGCUAUGCGAUUCGAUUAAUAACCAAGUAAAGUUCUUACUCAAUUGUACUUGCAGUUAAUUCGAUCUUACAAUACGCAUCUGAUAUCCUAUGGAUUAUACUGCUCAAACAAACUUUGAUGAAUCAGAUCAAAGCUAGUUUCGCCAAAGCUUCGAGAGUGCUGUGGGAUAAAAGGAAAUGCAUCUAAUUGUACAUGGUCACAUUUUCCCCUUAAAGACGUAAAAUGAACAUAUUAAGAGCCAUUCAUUCAUUACAAAUAAACAAACAUAUUGUAAGAAGCCAAAUUGACGCAACCAAAUAAACUAAUUUAGACUUCUAAACGCUGUGCAUAAUGUUGCAACAAGCGCCUAAUAUAAUUGAGUUAGAAGUUUAGUAUUGGAUCGGUUGAAGACAUUUAUUGAAAAACAAUUUGCACAUGAAAAGAGGUUGUCAUUUACAGAUUUUAGGAGCGGUGGAAGUAUAAAGUUCGUGAGUGUACCUCAGCUGGAAAAUGAUUUCCUUCCUUUCUAGGAAACACUAUCGGUAUGUUCAGUAAUUUUCUUCUGGUUAAUUUUAAUUGAUGUUUAUACGACAUAUAAAACUGCAUCAAUUCGAUUAUAAGGACCACUUUACCGACCAAAUCAAUAUUAUGUACCUGACUCAUGAUACUAUAAUUUCUUGUUACGAAAUUAAGCGAGUUUUCGAUUCUCGAUCUCUUAAAUAUUUGUGGUUGCUUACAGCUUUAAAGAGAUUAUAACGAGUGAAUUUUAUAUUUAGUUGCAGUUGGAUAUUUUGCGGACAUAUCUUGUUACGAAGGCAUAAUACCAUUAAAAGAAUACAUGAAACUCAAUGACAUUCCAUAUGAAACCUCAUCACAAUCGGGUAAAUGUAAAUUUUUAUGCUAUGUUGUAGGAAGUGUGAUUUUAUGAUAAUCAAUCCUGACAUCAAUCCAAAUAACAAUCUUACCAUCCUUAUUUUGAUACAAAAUUAAUGAGAAAUGCUUUAUUUUCGUAAUAGCAGUUAACGUUCAUUUAUCUUGCAACAUUAUCGUAUGUGGUAAUUUCCUCAAAUAGUUAUUAAAAAGAAUUUUCCCAUCUGUUGCAAGUAGUUUUCUUAGCUGGACACACAAAAGCCUAAUUCUAUACAACUCGUGUAAAGUGUAUACGUUUAUUAGCAGUUCACGUAGAAACAUCUGCAGAUAAUCUGGAACCGACUUUUGAGAGAAGUGGUUCAGUUUAUAACCAUCACCAUCAAGAUUUCCCAUUUAGUCCUUAUCUGGUGAGAUAUUUGAUUUAAUAACGAAUGUGUAGUCGGUUACACUAACAUAUCCCGGUUUUCUGUGUUUAGUAAAAGAUUUGAAAGUAACGCUUAAGUCUAUCAAUUGUAAUAAGACUUUACGGAAGUAGAACUAUAUGAGAAACGGUGCAGAUGAAUGGAAGCACACAUCACGAAGAAAAAAAUGAAGCAAAACUCCUCAGGAAUAUCAGUCAGUCAUUCUUGUUCCCAAAAGGUUCAGAAGAUAAUUUUAAAGCGACGUAUUAA